AAAUUAAUUUUUGCUAUUUUAAGAUAUAAUAAUAAAAAUGAUAAAAUAAAUAAGAGCAUAAUACUGUUACAACAUAUAGGUGCAACAAUAGCUUCUGGUGCAAGUGGUAUAUGGACAACUGGUAGAUCAAUACAGAAUUUAAUAGAUAGAAGCUCUCAUGAACAAAGUAUAGGACUAACAAAUAGGGAUUCCUUUUGUUCAUGGUUAGGUAUAGUUGGCAGUGCAGUUGGUUUAAUAAGCAAUAGUGGAAAUGUUAUUCUUACUAAACUUAUAAAAAAUGGUAGUGAUAUAAGCAAUGCAGCUAAAGUUGCAUACAAUGCAUUAGUUUUAAGUAAUUUAGGUAUUAAUGGUUUUGGUGUAGGAUAUCAGGCAUAUUGUAUGUACCAAAGAUAUCAAAAAGAAGGUCAAAUUCAUAUAUUAGAUAUGGUAUCUCUGUCAGCUCAUUUAUUAUUCUUUGGUAAUUCAGUUAUAAAUUUACAGUUUGCAGAAGAUCUCAUUAAAUCUACUCAAGGUAAAAUUUUAGAUGAAUAUAGAUCUACAUUGCGUUCUAAACAACUUCGUAGACAAUUUAAUCGUACAAAACAUAUUGCUGCUACAAACAAUACAGAUAAAAUAUCCGAAAAUGCUGAAGUAAUACGUUAUAUCAAUAAAAAGGUAGACUUACAAUUAAAAAAUAAUUUGAAUAGUAUUUCCACACAAAAAACUAUUAUAUUCUUUGAAAAUGGAAAAUUGAUAAUUUGUGGCGUUCAUUUGUUAAAUCCAAUGAAAUUUGUAGAAAUAUUAAUUAAGAAUGAUCAAUUUUCAAGUGAAAAGAAAUUUUUAUUUAAUAAUGAAAAUAGUGAUAGUAAAAAUAUGUUCUUCAUAUUAAAAAAUUUGCUUUUGAAUUUAUUAAAAAAUGUAUUUUUAAAUGAUAAUAGUAAAGAAGAUUAUGAAUCUGAAUUUGAUAAUAUUUUAAAUGAUAUGAAAUAUAUGGAUAAUGCUCCAAAUAUUUUUAUUCUAAUAUUUGAAAUAUCUCUUACUUUAAUAACACAAUGUCAAUUUUGUUCAGAAUAUUUAUCAAAUGCAGUUCAUUUUGUAUGGUGUUAUAUAAAAGAAAGUUUGAUACAAAGUUUUUGUGCAAAACUUUUUUCUGAUGAACAAAUGCAAAAUAAAGUCUCUGAAAUUAUAACAAUUUUAUUUGAACAUAUGCAAGAAGCAAUAAAAGAAUUAUCACCUGCUUUCAAAAAAUAUAUUGUAGAAUAUGUGAGGAAUAUAAAGAAAAACUUAUGA